AUGAUUCUGGGUAUGAUUCAAGACAAGGUAUAUCACAAACUUUCCCCAAAACUUUCCGUAUCUGAGCAGACGAUCCUGUCUUCGUACAAUCGUGUAACAGUCAACUCCACCUUUGGUAUUGCAGCCAUUUCAGGACCAGGUCCACACAUAUGUGUCAACACUCAGCAGGACAUCUUCAGUGGCAUGUUGGUGGCUUGUCGGCGUUUCGUAGCCAUGAUUCUUUGUCUAAAAAGGGCGCCCAGACCGGUUCCUGGGCUUCAGCUAUUGAGUCAGUCGAUGGCUGAAUGGGACGAGGUGGCUGCUCUGCUCUCUGAGGUAAGUGCAGGUGACCCGAUGGGGAUUUCGUAA